CAUUGUUGAAGCGUUUCCUUCUCUCUUUUCUUUUUCUCAAAUGACAGUAAACACUGUUCGACUGGGUGACGACUUGCACUUGAACGACCGGCCGACAUAUACCCGAUGCAAAUCCAAUAUGAUAGAUUUCAGACGACAUUCUGGCUUGUACAAGCUAGCUCUAUCGAGAGACGUUCUUACAGGAUCUACCACGACAUUAUCUACAUUGGAUACCGUACCCGAAGACAUGCCUAGCUUGAUUUUCGACGAUGCAUCAUCUACAACCGCUUCAUCCAGCAGCGGAAGCAUGGAGUCUUCCCCUAUCAUGGACUCACACCGUCGGGAAACUUUGGAAAAGUUAACGAGACGACUCACUUUAGAUGGCUCAACUCCACACAGUGCUGACAACCUUCACCCUGUCGAUUUAACUUUCCGGCGCUGGUCGAUGCCAUCAUCUCAGCCCCCGCCCGCCUAUUCUCCUCCACCUGCAUGCUUGUCACGCCCGGUUUUACCUAGACCUGAAGAGGGUUGCGAGUCAUUACCACGCUACUCAUGCUCGGUUUAUAAAAUGGGAUAUCUUCUAGUCAAACGAGAAAUGGACCGACCAGGAGUUAAAGCACGCAACCGGUCAUGGAGAAAACUAUAUUUGCGCUUAUGGGGAACUAGUUUGGCCCUCUAUAAUUCAGAGCCGAUCGAUCUACAGCGCUCCCCCAAGAUUUGCAGCUUCUCCAUGCAUCAAGCCGAUACCGGUUUGGCUUUAGAUUAUGUCAAACGCCGGAAUGUUAUCCGGCUAAAAUUUAUGGACGGACCUCAGUUUUUGUUACGGAGCGCAGAUGCUAUAGAAAUUGUUUCAUGGGUAGAACAUUUGCAAGCUUCUGCUAAUGUAAGCAGUGACAUUGAUCAACGAAAAAUGCCAAAAUUCAUCACGUUACCACGACGGAGGAGAAGACAGACCGAUAACACUCUCACUAAUAGCAACAUAAGACCUACCGCUGCGGAUAACCACAAUAAUCCUCGCGAAGCCUGGCGACGAUCGGUACUUGACACUUUAGCUCGCGACGACCAAAACAAUCAAGAUGUUGAGCAGGCUCUCAUCUAACCUUUUUUUUUUCUGUAUAUCGAAAAGCCUUCUCAUCCCAUUCCAUCUAUCUCAUUCUAAAGCAUUUGAUGGUCGUUUAUACUCGCUGCAUACUUUUUUUUUUUUCCUUUUUUCUAUAUAUUUUCUUUAACCUUUUUCCC